UCUACAUUCUGAUACCAGCAGAAGAUGAACAAAGCAAUCCUUGUGGCCUUUGUGUUUGCGGCACUGGUGGCGGUGAUCUAUGCCCACCAUCACCACCACCACCGCCAUCAUCGGCACCAUAGACAUCAUCACCACCACCACCGUCAUCAUCGACAUCAUGGACACCACCACCAUCACCACCACCGUCAUCAUCGUCAUCACAGACAUCAUCACCAUAGACACCAUCGCCAUGGAGGACACCAUCACCACCACCACCAUCAUCACCAUCACUAUCACAGCAGCGGCAGCAGCGGCGGUAGCAGCAGUAGCAGCAGCAGUGAGAGCGAGAGCUCCAGCAGCAGCGAGGAGAUCAUCAUCCACCACCAUCACUCCUCCGGCGGGUCUUCUUCCUCAGGGUCAUCCGGUUCUUCUGGCUGCUCCAGCUGCGGAGGGUCAUCUGAGUCGUCAUCGUCUUCAUCCGAGGACUACCCCAUCCCCAUCCCUGUUCCCAUCUCCCACGGCGGCGGCAGUCACAGCCACACCAACUACCUCCCCAUCAUCCUCACUACAACCGGAUAAUAUGUUCUCGAACAGUUACCUCACAUGGGAAUGUUGCGGGCAACACACUGCCAGACAGCUGGGAGAUCCAUGUACAUGAUGUUCUAUAUACAUCAGUAACAAUAAUUGUUGUAUUAAAAUGUUAUUUUGGUUGUGGAAAAAAUAAAGAAUGAAAGAAUA